UGUGAGGAGAGAGCAGCAUGUGGAGGAGGAGGUAGAGGAGGAGGAGGAGGGGAAGAGAUAAGUGAUCUAAAGGGGAGACGAUAGGACAAAAAAAAAAGUGAUGAUGAUGAAUACAUUGGAAAGUUUUUUGGCCCCGGCGAGGGUGUCAGAUUGAAUGGAGCUGUGCGCAUGUGCAAAGGUGUCCAAACUGACAAUGCUGGUGAGAUGAAGAUAGUGUUGUUGCUGCUUCUGGGCUCACGGUGGACGACGAGAGGAAUCUACAAGGCGACAAGAUGAGAUCCAAGGCGAGGGCGAGAAAACUGGCCAAAAAUGACAGCGAGCCAGUGGACAGCAUGUACGACACAGAGGCCGACCUUCCGGGCUUGGCGGCCGGCGGCACUUGCACUGACAGUCCUGAAGACGACGCAGAGGAUGGCAUCAUGAACAUGUCUCCCCUGGCCUCACCGAGCCCCUCCCACCCGAACAACCACCACCUGCUGCUGCACCCCCACAUGUACAACACCCACCAUCACCUCCUCAACAACAACAGCAGCAGCAAUGACCAGGACUUCACCACGCCCAAGGAAGGCUCACCCUACGAGGCACCAGUCUACAUUCCCGACGACAUUCCGAUUCCCGCCGAUCUGGAGCUGCGGGAGUCAUCGGUACCGGGUGCCGGCUUGGGCGUUUGGGCCAAGACCCGUAUCAGAGUCGGUGAGAGGUUCGGUCUGCACAGCAAAGGCAGCUCCUUCGGAUGGGAGAUGAUGAAUGACCACGACGAUUCCUCCCCUGACAGCUGCGUCAAAAAGGUGGUGGACGACAUGGGCAACAUCAAGUUUGCUCUGGACACGGGCCCGGACAGCCCUAGCAACAGCUGGCUCAAGUAUGUCCGCUCCGCCCCUUCGUUUGAGGAGCAGAAUCUUGUCGCCUGCCACCUCACUGGAGACCAGAUUUAUUACAAAGCUGUCCGAGACAUAGAUGCAGGGGAGGAGCUUUUAGUUUAUAUGAAGGACGGCAUUUUCCCGGAGGGAUCCAUGGCACCCAACUUGCAAGAUGAGCAGGUGUAUCGCUGUGAAGACUGUGACGAAUUGUUCUCAUCAACUCUCGAGUUGCGGCGACACCAAAAAUAUUCCUGCUCUAGUGCGGGCUCCAUCUUUGACACCCUCAGAGAAGACUUCAAACAGGAGCGGGAGGACAGCGAUGAGCCCGUCCACGAGUGUAAAGACUGUGAGAAGAUCUUUCCAAACGAGUACAGUCUGGGCCAGCACAUGAUAGUCCACACAGAAGAACGGGAGUACAAGUGUGACCAGUGUCCCAAAGCUUUCAACUGGAAGUCCAACCUCAUUCGUCACCAGAUGUCACAUGACAGCGGCAAGCGCUUUGAGUGUGAAAAUUGUGAUAAGGUACAGCAAACCCGGCACGUCUUCACAGAUCCCAGCAAUCUCCAGCGUCACAUCCGCUCCCAACACGUGGGGGCUCGAGCUCACACUUGUCCCGAGUGUGGCAAGACCUUUGCCACUUCGUCAGGCCUCAAACAGCAUAAGCACAUCCACAGCAGUGUCAAACCUUUUAUCUGCCCUGAUGGGCUGCAUCUUCUUGUACCCCCAGGUGAGGUGUGCCACAAAUCCUACACCCAGUUCUCCAACCUCUGCCGCCACAAGCGUAUGCAUGCCGACUGCCGAACUCAGAUCAAGUGCAAGGACUGUGGCCAGUUGUUCAGCACUACCUCCUCCCUAAACAAGCACCGGCGCUUCUGCGAGGGCAAAAACCAUUACGGCUCUCCAACGGGAAUGUUCAAUCCUGGUAUUCCCAUGAGCUCCAGUCCAAUUAUGGCUAAGGCCAAGUCCCACCAUCCUCACCUUCCGGGUCUGAACCAGUCCGGUUUGGGCUUCCCCGACUACUUUCCGUCCAGACCUCAUCCUCAUGCUGGUUUGCCAUUCUCCCCAGGGCCCCACGGUUUCCCAUCCCUUCCGCAUGGUUUCCCAGGCAUCUUUCCUCCGUCACUGUAUCCACGACCGCCUCUAUUGCCGGCUAGUCCAAUGAUGAAGAUGCCCCUUGGCAACAGCACUCAAGAAGUCAAACUGCCUCAGAGUCCUCUAGAUGGCCCUCCAUUAUCCUUAGUUAGCUCAACAAAUAGUAAUGGUGGCAACGGUUUAAGUCUAACUGAGGACAAAGAUAGCGAGAGCAAACUAGAUUUGUCCUCUGGUGGAGAGGUAAAGACUAAAUCCAAGAUGGCAGACAUUUCAGAUGGCAGUGACCUGGAAGAUGUUAACACCACAAGUGGGACAGAUUUGGACACCACAACUGGUACGGUCUCAGGUGAUGGUUCUGACCUGGAGAGUGAUGGAGAUAGUGAACGUGAGCAUAACGGCAAAAGAAGAAAGCCGCCUGUGGUCCUAUCAAGGCAAGAUGGCCACCAGUUAGAGGAGGCAAACAGUGCUGUGAUUCCAGCGGUGUCUAAUUCAGGGAACCUCUCCAUCAACCGUCCCUUUUUUUCAUCAGUGUCAACCCAGCACUCUUUCUUCCCCCCACCUGAUGAGCAAGCACUGCCACCCACCACCGCGAAUGCUAACGUAGCCACCACCGAUUCCAUCAAAGCCAUUGCUUCUAUUGCUGAGAAAUAUUUUGGCCCCGGCUUGAUAGGUCUUCAUCAAGAGAAGAAGAUGGGUCCAUUGCCCUACCACUCCAUGUUCCCCUUCCAGUUCCUACCCAAUUUCCACAACUCCCUGUACCCCUUUAGCACUGAGCGAGGUGCCCUCACCUCUGGCCUGUUCUUUAAGGGAGAUCCCAAGUCGCCUCGUGAGCAGCUACAUAAGAUGGUUUCUGGUGCACUCGGCGCGCCUGUCCCCGCUGUAGAAUCACCAUUUGAUCUCAGUACAAAGCCCAAGGAGACCAAGUUAUCUCCUCCAACUCCAGUUAACCCCUCAAACCCAAACACAAAUACUGGCAGUAGCAUGGGCUCUUCAAUAAUAUCUGGCAGCGAGGAACAACCAUUAGACCUCAGUAUUAACAACAGAAGCCGAGGAAGUCACAACGGUAUGGCAGUCGAAGCGCAAAAUCAAAAGAACCACAUCUAUGGAAUUGGAAAGGGAGUGUCCAUCAAGGAUGAAAGUCCCAGUUUUCCAAUUCCUCACUCCCAGUCACUGCAUCAAUCCCCAAUUGUACCGCACCAACAGGCACAGCAACACCAACCACCUCCUCUGCACUACGCCAAACCUUCCGCUUUCUUCAUGGACCCAAUAUACAGCAGGGUGGAGAAAAGGAAGCUACUUGACCCUGUAGGAGCUUUGAAGGAGAAGUUCCUCAGGCCUUCACCGCAGCUAUUUCAUCCGCAGAUGUCUGCCAUGGAGAACAUGACAGAAAAACUGGAAAGCUUUGGUGCACUAAAACUGGACAUGCCGCCCAAUUCACUGCAACAUACGGCUCACCCACUCUUCAACUUCCGCUCCCCUCCCCCUUCUCUCUCGGAUGCCAUCCUCCGCAAGGGCAAGGAACGCUAUGCCUGCAGGUACUGUGGGAAAAUCUUUCCUCGCUCGGCAAACCUCACCAGACACUUGCGAACACACACGGGCGAACAGCCUUACAGGUGCAAGUACUGUGACCGCUCAUUCAGCAUCUCGUCCAACCUGCAACGCCACGUUCGCAACAUCCACAACAAGGAGAAACCCUUCAAGUGUCACCUGUGCAACCGCUGCUUCGGUCAGCAGACCAACCUCGACCGCCAUCUCAAGAAGCACGAGCAUGAGAACCUUCCUGUGAGCCAACAGUCUGGGAUGCUUUCCAACCUAGGAACCACCAUCUCCUCGCCAAACUCCGAGCCAGACAAUCAUGCACUUUUAGAUGAGAAGGAGGACUCGUACUUCUCCGAAAUCCGAAACUUCAUCUCCAACAGUGAGAUGAACCAGGCCUCCAGCUCCACGGACAAAAGAUCUGACCCGUCUGAGGAGGAGCACCCGAGCGGCCACAGGUCCAACUCCAAGAUGGCCCUCCAGGGGCUGGAGGAGGAGGAAGAGGAAGCAGAGGGGGAUGAUGAGGAAGAAGAGGAAGGCAGCCUGACUGAAAAGUCUCACGAUGAGGCUCCGGAAUCCCCGUCUCCAGUUGCAACACGUGCAUAUGAAGAGGAGGAGGACGAGGAAGAGACUACUCCAUUAUCUAUGAGCUACGAGCACUCUCGCAGGCUUAUGCAAUGAUGCUGUCUCUAUCCGACAACAACCCUUUGCACACGCCCUCCCAGAACUCCCUGGAUGCUUGGCUGGGCAUGGGAGGCGGAUCGUCUGAGACGAGCAACUUUCACCCGCUCAACCACAUCUAGACAAGAGAGAGAAAUGGAGAGGAGGUUGGUGUGGUAGAAGGUGGCAGGAACAGUAGUUUGAUUAGAGACACAAGUGGAGUGGACACAAGUCGUCAUGAAGAACGGAGAAUUCAGUGUGUGUGUGGGUGCGUGUGUGUGUGCGUGUGUGUGUGUGUGUGUGUGCGUGCGUGCGUGCGUGUGUGUGUGUGUGUGUGCGCGCGCGUGCGUGUUUUUGAGAAAGAGGCGGUAGACUAUAAGAAAGCACUGCUAAGCUCCUGUUGAUGUGAAGGACAUACAUGAUGAAUGCUUCUCGACAGCAUUGAAACUUUGCCGAUCAUCCCCCUAAGUGCGCUCAGUCUCACCUGGCGACAGCAGAGAGCUGACGUGACACUCUGGAGACACUUAAAUGACUCGUGUCACUAAAAGCUCUGUGUGUGAUGCCUGGAAGAAGAAAAAGAAGGAAAAAAAUCGCACUGCAGCGUUAAGACUACUUGGCCACAAGGGGGUGCUGUUUCUCACCAAGUGACAUUUGACUCCAGAUGAAACUCCACGCGGAUUGCGUGUCACCGACUGCAGAAUCAACGGGAGUGUUGAAAUGAACGAUAAAUACACACAGACUGAUUUUAAUGUGCACAGUAAAUUGAUUUUAGUGGAUUUACCAGCUUGAUCAUGCUGGCAAUCGUUCAGUCACACAUCAUUUCAUGUCACUCUUAAAUGUUUGCUUACUUUCCUCUUAGUUACCGCAGUAUUCUUUUGUUGUAGGCACCUUUGUGCUAAAUUAUUAAUAUAAUUAUUUUAGAGAAGGACCAAAAUUGUAUAAUAAUGUCACAUGGUGUAAAAAAUAACCUAGUUGUUCAUAGGGAUGGUGACACGUGCCAAAUAACCCAUAGAAAAUAUUUUGUUCUCUGACAAUCAUUUCAUUUCCACUUGCUCCAAUAUAUUUGAUUUCAGAAGCAUGUGUGUAUGUAGUAUUUAUUUUUUGCUUGUUCACUCAUUCUGUAUGAGGUGGUGGGUGCGAGAGUAAGGAAAAGUCCUCUGUCUUCAUUUUUUUCCUUUGGUUGCUGAAGGAAUAAACACCGGUGAGAGAUUGAGAAUCUCCAGUUUUGGUGUGCCAUAACGGAAACGAUCCAUGAAAUGUUAUUAUUUAUAGUGGAAGAUAGUUGUAGUUUUAGUGGCACUGUAAUGUCCUGCCGUGUUUAGUUUGCCUCUUGCUUCAGUUCCAUUUCACCCGUAUUAAGUAUUAUUGUGGGGGGAGCCUUUGCCGUUAGUAUCACAAAAAGAUAUUACCAACCUUUAUAAGACAGAUAGAAUCUGUCAGGAUUUGAUAAGAACAUGUAAUUGUAAUGUAGCCCAAAAGGCCUGGACCAUUUGUCCGACCUUAUUGGGGAAUGAGACUCAUGAAACCAGAAGAAGUAUCUAAAAUACAUUUACUGGCAUCACAAUUCUGCUAGUCGGUCGGUCGUUCAUGAAUAAAAUUUUUCUUUUAAUCAAUGGUGGCCCGACCGGAUGCUCUCCUGUUCUUCUCCUGGCGUCAAACUCAUUCCAUAAAUUAGCAGGAGGACAUGACUUCUUUUGGACUGUAGAUAGCUGUAGAUAGACAUCACGGGAGGCGUUUCUCGUCAUCCUCAAACUCGGCCUGAUGUAUUUUUCAAGCUAGCACUUAAUGAAACCACAUGGGUCCAAGCCAUACCCUGAUCAGGCUUAGGUCUCGACGACAGGACAGAAGGAACACUGUACUUUUCUUUGGCUACACAUGGACUGCUGCAUCAUCUCAUUUUUCUGAAGAUACAAGUCUCUUGUUUGAUAAAUCUCUUCAUUUAUUUACCUUUAUAAGAUGUAAAGAUGUGGGUCGUUUCUAUGUCGUGAUUCAUGUCAAGUCAUGGACUACUGUAGUAAGAAUGCGCUGUGUAAAGGCUUUGAAGGUAUUGAAGCAUUCCAUUUUUCCCACUUCAGAAAUUAUUCUGGCAGAUGGUCGUCAAGAUAUUGGAACGCGGUUGCUGUCCCCCUCCCACGCUCACUGUUACAGGAGACAAAAAAAUAGAUAUUGUUUCUUAUUGACUGUACAGUAUUUUAAAGAUGGAAAAUAUGGUGCAUUUGUCCGAAGGAAGAAAAAAAAAUAAUGGAAAAAUAUGGGUUUAAAUGGAUGGUGCUUGUUCGUUUGGAUCUGAGUUGUAUAUCGCCUAUGUUAUGUUUAUUGACAACUGACAACAAAAAAAUAUGAUAUUGUGCAUGACGUGUUUAGCGGUCAUAAUUAUGUCCAUUUGUGAAUUGUGUAUCAAAUCAAAAAAAGAUUAAAAAAAAAAAAUUUCGUAGAUGCACUUAUUGUAAAUGUGUUUAGGUUUAGUAAGUUUGACUUCAAGUUCUUGAUUGCCUUACACGUUGGGUGGGGCAAGUGGCUCUUAAAGAAAUAAAAGAAGACUUGUGGGAGAAGACAUAACAGGAAAAAAAACAAUAAAGGAUUGUAGAAUAUUGAACAAUUCUGAAAUUGCAAUUCUUUUGAUGCUUGUGAUUAUUGAAGAUGUACUUUAGAAAAAUUUCAUUGAAAAGACAUGACUGAUGUUAAUUCUGUAGAAUAGCAAUGUAUACCAAAUGUAAUCUUUCCAAUGUUAUGAAGAAUUUAUACAUGAAAUUGAUAUGCAAUAAAACCGGUGUGCUUUUUAAAUGGA